UACUACUUUCUCGAAAACGACAAAUAUUACCCAGAAUGCAUUUUCACGGUACAUUACUUCUGUUAUAAUGCAUUCUGUAUAUUACAAUGCAGUCUGGGUAAUAUUAUUUGUCGUUUUCGAGAAAAUAUAGGCUACUUUCUCGAAAACAACAAUUAAUAUUACCCAGAAUGCAUUGUUUUUACGGUAUAUUACUGUUUCAAUGGAAAACAGUAUUUUACUGUGUAAAUUUGUUUUGAUUUUAACAGCUAUUUUGAAAAAAUGAAUGCAUUUCAUGAGGAGUGGAAGCAAGGAAUUGUUUAUAAGAUUGUGUCUGUCAUUUAAGAAAUGUUUAACCUGGUCAUUGACUUCAGCCUCAUUAAAUUCUGUGCAACGAUCUUAAAGGCACACUAUGUAACUUUUUUUUGUUCAAAAUUUAAAUAGCGCAAUAACCACUAGGAUAACCAUAUUCAGUUACGCAGAGCCGAAGCACAACCAAAACAGUGUUCUUCUGCAAAAUGCAUGGUUUUGUUUUUUAACUGCUAGAGGGCCAAAAGUUACAUAGUGUACCUUUAAGCACAACAUCAUGAAAACAUUUGAACUGAUGACAAAUGGGCCAAGAUACAUCCUAACCACUGCAUGUUUUGUCAUUUAGUCGAUGUUGUUUAAGAAAUGCUCAGAAUUCAAUACAAGUCUUUCUCUGUUACCGCAUAACAUAAUUUCAACUCAUCCCUCAGUUUAUAGUAAUUCACUUACAACGGAAGUCCACUGGGCAAAUAAAGUACAGUUUCACAACAGCUAUCUUGGGUCCUCUUCAACCUCAAAUUACAUUGUUGAAACUGCUUGAUUAUGAUUUUAAAUGGUUAUUGACUGAGUAUUAGAUUAUCAUAUGAAUUUAAUACUCAGUUAUGAUUGUAAAGCUCAUGGAGCUUGAGGCAGUCCCUUUAUAUUCAUACCACUCAUCCGUAUCUGCCACUCACUGGAUAUUUCAUUUCAUUUUUGCUAUUUACUUAAAAAAGAGCAACAAUUUUUUUUUCCUCAUUUUAGCAUUAAAGCUCAAACUCAUGGAUUUUUGUACCCAUUUCACCAUGAUGUUGCUUUCCAAAAAUAAUUGCAAACAUUGUCACCAAUGUUUUUAAUGUUUUUGAAGUCUCAUAUACUCAUCAAGACUGCAUUUAUUUGAUCAAAAAUACAAUAAAAACAGCAUUAUUGUGAAAUAUUAUUAACAUUUUAAUAUAUUUCAAAAUGUAAUUUAUUCCUGUGAUCAAAGCUGAAUUUUCAGCAUCAUUACUCCAGUCUUCAGUGUCACAUGAUCCUCCAGAAAUUAUUCUAAUAUGCUGAUUUGCUGCUCAAGAAACAUUUCUGAUUUGUUCAAAAAUUGAGAAGAAUAGCGUUUGAGACAUUUUUUGUACAGUGUCUUUACUGUCAAUUUAAAAAAAAAUCUUACUGACCCUAAACUUUUUAAUGGUACUGUAUAUUUUGCUCACGGUGUCAUAUGUGUUUAGAAGUCUUGGAAUAUAGCGCACAAGUCAUAAAGACUACUUUUAAGUUGGGUUUGUUUGUUGGGUUACACCUGUACAGUAGAGGCCGCAGCUCAAUCAAACCUUUCAGCUGUGCUAUUAGUAUGGUUAAAUUAGAUUAUUGAGGGUCAGUAGCAAAGACAUUGAUAAAUAAAGUUAGAUUAAAUACAUAAAGUAUAUUUCUGUAAUUCAAUAUAUUUAAUUAUAACAGGUUUGUGUAAUAUUCUGAGUUUGCAUUUCACUGUUUUUAUUAAUUUUGAGGAAUACUGAAUGUUGUGAGAAAGUAAAUGCACGUUCACAUUUAGUCUAGAACUACAACAACCAUCAUGUUCACACAGCGCACACAACACUUCUGCACUUUAUUUCUCUCAAAUGAGGACAGGAGAGCUGUCAGUCAAUAAAUGUGAAAAAGUAAUUUGCAUUACUUAUUUGAAAAAGUAACUUAGAUAUUUUGUUGUAAAUUGAAAUAGUAAUGCGUUACUUUACUAGUUACUUGAAAAAGUAAUCAGAUUACGUAACUCAAGUUACUUAUAAUGCGUUACCCCCAACACUGCUGCUCACCAUGAAUAUGAGGGUGAGUAAAUAAUGACAAAUUUUCUCUCUCUCUCUCUCUCUCUCUCUCUCUCUUUGAUUUUAAAGGCUGCAUUUUCGAUUUGCUGUUUCGGACAAGGCGAGAUGGAAAGUUUCAACCUCCAGGAGGGCCAGAGGGCAGGCCAGAGUCAGGACGUAAUGUGGGGCAGUGUGGUGUUGAUCCAUGCAACCUGGUCAUCUGCCGGAACGGAGGCACCUGUGUGGACUCUGGAUCCUCUGUGUACUGUCAGUGCAUGUUUGGAUGGAAAGGUGCACUUUGCUCUGAGAAAGUGUCGUUCUGUGAUGCCGAACACAUCCCACCGCCCUCCUGCGCUCGCGGCUCCACCUGUGUGCCCCUUCCUGAUGGAUACACAUGCCAGUGCCCCCUAGGCUCUGCUGGACUCUUCUGCCAGCAAGCUGUAUCUAUCAGUGAUCCUUUCUUCAGUGGCAAUCAGUCAUCUUGGAUGUCAUUUCCUCCCAUCAAUAUAAGGCACAGAACCCAUCUUCAACUGCAGUUUCAAACACUUUCACCAGAGGGCAUCCUGUUCUACACCGCACGGUACUUGAGCAGUCGGUCUGGUGAUUUCCUCAGCAUAUCCCUGUCAGCUGGAUUUGUGCAGCUCCGCUAUAAUCUGGGAAACGAAACUAUUGUAUUACAGUCUCCAAAAGAGGUCGAUGUGACUGGCAUGAAGUGGCACACAGUGAAGGCUGGGAGAGAAGGCAACCGUGCCUUCCUCAUUCUAGACGAUGAAGCCGUGACCAGGAACUCUUCAGAGGGCACGAGCACUCUGGAUGUUGGCACAAAUAUUUUCGUUGGGGGCGUGUCUUUACUGAAUGCAGUGUCCCAGGAUGCAACGGAGAAAGACCCGGUGGGGUUCACGGGCGGCAUUCGAGAGGUCAUAGUUAACGGGCAUGACCUUGAGCUUACAGAGACAGGUGCGCUCGAUGGAGUCAAUGUUGGCGACUGGGACGGGACAGCGUGUGGGUAUAAGGUUUGCAUGAACAGUGGCUACUGCCAUCCAGUGGGUCUUUCUUCAUUCAGGUGUAUUUGCCCCUCAACGUGGACCGGUUUACGGUGCCAACAGUCCGUUCACUGUGUCAACAGUCUUUGUCAACACGGUUCUCUCUGUGUCCAUACGUCUGCUUCGUAUUCAUGUAUGUGUUCUUUGGGAUGGAUUGGGACUUAUUGUGACCAAAAAGUUAUAUUGAGGACUAUAAAGUUUAUUGGAAACUCAUAUUUGAAAUACAAGGAUCCAAAGUACAACUCUAGGAAUUUGAUGUACACUGAGGUUUCAUUGAAUUUUUCCACUUCAGCAGGGGACGGUUUGAUUCUUUGGAUGGGGAAAGCAGAAAGUGAAGACGAUGAUCAUCUAGCGGUCGGGCUGCAGGACGGUUAUCUGAAGGUUUCAGUCAAUCUUGGUGAGAGAAAUGCUGUUCCUCUUGUGUACCAAAACACAUUCUGCUGUAAUCACUGGAAUUACCUGUCUAUUAUUCACAACCGAACUCUCAUCCAGGUCUAUGUGAAUGAGGAAAGAGUCAUUUUUGAAGACAUUGACCCCUUUGAACAGUAUGUAGCGGUAAAUUAUGGAGGGGUGAUUUAUUUGGGGGGGUUUGAAUUAAAUAGAGAUGUGGCAUCUGUUACAUCUGGUGUAUUUACUAAAGGGUUUGAUGGGAGUAUUAAAGAUGUUUUCUUGUAUCAGGACACCAGACAGCUGCAGUUUCAUCAAACCAGUGAAGGUUUCAAUGUCUAUCAAGGUGAUGAGUAGGAAAAAUAAUUGUGCUUAUUGUUUCUGUCUCGAUAUUUGAUUUUAGGUAUUCACAUCUAGAAUAGAAUACGCAAUGAGUCUUAUCAAAUACACUAAAUGACACAAUCACAGUGCCAGUUUUCAAGAGGUGAAAUCUGUUGUUUAUUAUUGGCAUGAUAAAAUGAUGCUGUCACAGAGAUGUCAGGUUGUAGAAGUGAACCUUUAUAUAAUCCAAAAAUUCUUCAAAACACCCUCCAUCUCAAAAUCACCAUGCAUUUGUUGUUUGAAUGAAUGAAAUGAAGAGAUGCGAACACAUGAUAGCAGGACUGUUGCAUAUUUGUGCCUCUUAUUGAAGGUCAGGUUGUUACAUUAUUUGCGAUGUGUCCAGCUUUGUUGUUUAUGCCACAAAGGCCUGUUCACUUUGACUUGAUCUACUUUGAAUCAAAACAACAUGUUUUUUUAAGGAGGUAUUUCUUUUAAAUAAAUAAUGUGGUGUACUUUCUAAGGUCUUUUUUUUCCUUGCACGUUAGUAUUAAGUACUGAGAUUUGUCAAAACAUGCAACACUUUCCACAAACAAGGUACAAAAUAGGACUUUAAAAUUUCAUUUUAUUUCAGCAAAGAGCCUGAAGGUCAAACUAAAAGUUUUAGGGCCAGAUUUACUAACAGCUCGCACCAGCGCAAACCCUCUUUUGGUGUUGUAACUACUGUCAGGAUUUACUAAAAACAUGCAGUGAAAAAUCAGGGCUGAACAGGGCUAUCUUUAUGGCUGCAUAUGCAUUUGUAGGAGAUUCCAUUUCAGACACUAAAUUUAUGGGAGCAGAGUAUUUAAAUGAAUCACGCAACAAAAUUUACUAAGGUUUGCGCUAGUCAAUUUACUAGUAUUUGCGCCAUUAUUUAACACCCAAAAAAAUCAAAUCUUAAACUAGAUGCUAAUAUGUACUGCUCUUGGCAGAUUGCGUUGGUCAUUAUGGAAAUUAUCUGCUGCGUCUGUGUUCUUUAAUAUGCACGUCAUCAGUACAUCACAUGCAGAACUUUCCUCUCCCAUCACCUCUUUUUUUGGAAUUGCGCUCAUUAGCCCGUUUAGUAAAUCUGGCCCUUAUUUUCUAAAAAAAAAAAAAAAAAAAAAUUGGGUUAGCCUUUUUUUUUCUUACCCUGAUGUUAAUCUGUGUGAUUUUGUUUAUAUCAAAUAAACAAAGAAAAUUGUAUAAAUUGUAUUGUGGUUUAUGGUGGAUACACUUCUGUUUCCCAUAAUAAUCAAAUAUAUAUAAUAUUAAUACACUACUGUUCAAAGGUUUGGGGUCAGUAAGAAGUCUUUUUUAGAAAUCAUCACAGAUUCAUUAGAAUUAUCAAAAGUGACACUAAAGACAAUGUUUUCAACAAUAAGAAAUGUUUCUUGAUCACCAAAUCAGCAUAUUAGAAUGAUUUCUGAAGGAUCAUGUGACACUGAAGGCUGGAGUAAUGAUGCUGAAAAUUCUGCUUUGCCAUCACAGGAAUAAAUUACAUUAUAAAAUAUAUUAAACUAGAAUAGUAUAUUAGAAUAUUCCUGUUUUUCUGUAUUUUUUAAAAAAAUCUUACCCCAAACAUUUGAACGUCAGUGUAUAUAUAAAUAAAUGGCAUUUGUUCCUUUAAUGGGACAUCAUUUUGUUUCUGGCAAUCCUGCAUUUACCCUAAAAGUAGUCUUUUAUAAUUGCUUUUUUGUUAUUGUGAAAUACAGUACCUUUUUCUGUGAUCUCAGGUAUUUUUAAUUACAGUGCAUGACAAUAAAAAAAUGAGCAUGUUUAACAAACAAAGACUUGCAUUUCAGUCGCUUUACUAACAAUAAAAACAUUUUAUUAUGAACUGUACAUAAACACAAUGUGCUGAAUAUGCACAUUUCUGUUGUGUGACAAGCCAAAAUGUACAAAGAAAUACUUGUCACCUGAAACAUAGAAAAUACUUAAGAAGCCAAAUUUAGAAAAAUUUAAACUGAAAAAUAAAAAGUGAAGCAAAAGAAGCUGUUCUCAUCAACCAUGGGAUGUUGUGUCUCAUGGCACUUUGCGUACAACAGUAGUUUCAUUUUCUUGACAACCAGCUGCUUGUGAAGACAAUGUUAGUGGAUACUUGAAUAGCCACGUAGGGAAAAUUUACAUUUAAAAACAAACAAAUAUUUUAAGAUUUUGAAAAGAAAUGGUACUAGCUGCUUUUCAUACAAAAAUCAUUUUGCAACUUUAUAAAUAGUUUUCUUCUACUGUGUUACAGAUUUAAGGAAGGUGAAGCGGUUUGAUGCCAAGAUCACGAACGCCUGUCUCUCGAGUCCCUCCUGUGUUUCUCAUAAUCAGAGUCCCGCCUGUGU